UGAUCGAAAAGCGUAGAGAACGAACGUAGGACGCCAUUUCUCACCGUUUUAAAAAUAAUUAAAUCCACGUCACAAAUUCAUUGUUUUUAUUCCAGUGCAUGAGCGGUUUAUGCACAGCACAAUAUAAUCGGGUGGGUGCCAUAUUCUCCGAUUAUUUCUCGGUCAAAUUCGGCGUAAAUCGUUAGACAUAGGAAAAUGGACGAGACGGACUCGGCAACGAAGGGACUUGCGUUGGACGAGGAGUCCAUAGACGCUGCCGGUGAGCCAGUGGAGGAGGGGGUGGAUUCGGAUACUGAGUCGGAGGCCGAAGUCACCACGAUGACAGUAAUGGGAGAACCGGGCAACAUCGAGAUUGGAGCCGAGUCCUUGCCGAACUCUGACGAUGCCGAGACAGCUUUUGCAGAAGUCACAACAGUCACUGUGGGGGAUGUCCAAGCAGCCGAGGACAAUGUGUUCACCGCCACCAUGGCCACCUCAGCCUCCAUACCAGAGCAUGUUCUUACUGGCAGGACCACCCUACAGAUUGGCGACGGUCUCAAUCCCCAGAAGGCCACUCUGAUAGUGGUUCACACUGAUGGGAGCAUAGUGGACGCAACAGGACUGAAGAACGCUGCAGCCGCCAUGACCUCUGGCCCCCAGACUCCCUCCACCCCAAUGAACCCAGGGCAGGAGAAAGAUGGCUCCAAGUACAACUGGGACCCGUCUGUGUACAACAACGAGCUGCCAGUGCGCUGCAGGAACACCAGCGGCAUGCUGUACAAGAACAGACUGGGCUCAGGCGGAAAGGGACGCUGCAUCAAGCACAGCAGCCACUGGUACACGCCCACUGAGUUUGAGGGCAUGUCUGGCCGGGCGAGCAGCAAGGACUGGAAGAGAAGCAUCCGCUAUGCAGGCCGUCCCCUGCAGUGCCUAAUCCAGGAGCGCAUCCUCAACCCCCACGCCGCGUCCUGUACUUGUGCGGCCUGCUGUGACGACCUCUCGUCGUGUACCAAGGAUAGUCCAUCUUACGCAGGGGAGAACAUUAAUAUGACUGGCCCGGUCAGGCUGUUUGUCCCUUACAAGAGACGCAAGAAGGAGAACGAGCAGCCGACCACUCCAGAGAAGAAGGACCUCCCACUCCCACCGCCCAAGAACAUCACACUGGCACCGGGGGCAACAUUCACAGUAUCUCCGUCAGGCCAGAUCACCACGUCAGGGACCCUGACCUUCGACCGGACGUCUCCCGGGGACUCCACAGCCCUUCUCUCUGAGGGCACGGCACAGGGCGAGGUCUUCACCAGCUCAGAAGGUACCUACAUGUUGACAGCGAUCCCGGCCCUGGCCAUGGCCCCCCAGGCCAAGAUGGUGUCUCCAUCCUCCUCCCCCUCCCUGGGGCUGGUGAACGGAGGGCUGGAGGUGUCUGGGGUUGGGGAGGGCCAGAGGACCUGGCUUUACCUGGAGGAGACGGCCAACAGCCUGCUAAGCACGGUGCAGCAGCUCAAGGCCCUGAUCGACCAGGCCAAGCAGGCCUGCCACUGCCAGGCAGGCCAGGACGCCUUCAACCAGGACAAGGUCCACGGCAGCAGGAAGGAGUGUACACUCACCCAGCCCUUCCAGAGUCAGAUAUCAUUCCAGCACCCAGAUGACCCAGAGGGGAAGAGAGGCUCAGAAAUCACUGAGAUCAUCAUCAAGCAAAUGUGUGUGAACUGUGGACGGGAGGCCAUGAGCCAAUGCACAGGAUGCCACAAGGUCAACUACUGUUCUACCUUCUGUCAGAGAAAGGACUGGAAGGAGCACCAGCACAACUGCUGCCAGACCGGUGGGGGUGUGGCUGUUCAGGAGGAGGUGCCCAUGUCAACCAUAGACAUGGACAAAGUCAAGAUCUAGCAGGUACAGACACCCAAAACAAACUCUGUAAAAACAGAAAAGAUGUGUCCUGGAAACCAGACGAUUAUUGAAUGACUGUACGUUUCAAGUGUAGUCCACUACCCCGGUUAACCAGGGUUUAAAAACACACUGAAUGCCUGUUGCUGAAGAAAGACUAUUGCUCUAACAAUACAUGUAUUUAUUGUUUAUUUGUUUAUGUAUUACGUUGGCUCUGUCCUAUGUUGAAUGGAGCAGGACAGGCAGGUAUACGACAGUAGGUUCUAUAUAAAACACACAAUGACAAAUCAAUGACCAUGUCGAUUGUCCUCUUGCUUAUUCCCAGUGACUGCCUGCUGUGAGAGAUUAAGUGAUGUAAUGACCUAAAUAAUUCUGCAAAGUCACAUUGAUAUGUAAUGACUCUACUGAGAAUGUCACACAACUUGUCAUUUGACAGAUUUUCAAUAUAACUUGCAAAAAACCUGCAAACUGAAAAUGCAUUUCAAACCUGUGUUUGACUGGGUGUAAAUAUAUUUUCAUUACAUUGCAACACAUUAUCAAUACAGUCAAUGCAUUUUCAACACAUCUUUCAUUUGUACAUUUCCACAAGGAAAUUGGCUUGAGAUAGUGAAUGAACUUUGCCCUGAGUCAGGAGGUCAUGCAGGGCGAGAGUUGUCUGACACGUAGGCAACUGCCAUCCACCCACCCACUGUCUCUGUAGGCUUCAUUGUUAAGUGUGUUACUGCCAUGGUUAUUAUUUAAUGGAUGGUGGACGUUAGUGAGAUUAUUGGAGCUUUUCUCAGUGAUAGCUGUCAACUGCCACACAGCUGCACUGAUGUGGAUUAAUCCACUGGAUUACAACUGUCAGGUGACUGGGGGAGGGGAGGAUGUGUGUGCUGUGCUUCAUAUCUUUCUGUGAAGACCAACUGGUAUACACACCAUCACUACUCACCGGAGAACUGGUAUGAAAAACUAGGGUCAAUUUGAGCAACGGCUACCCGUCCAAAAGAGGGUCCAUUACAUUGAUAAAUUGAGACUCCUGUUGAGGGAUUGGAAGAGUUUUGAGACCCACAAUGACCUACCCAACUUUCUGGGGGAGUCCUCCUGACUUCCUGUGGCCUCUGGAGGCAGUAAUCACAACCAGGCUUUUUGGGGAUGAAAGGUUAACGUUAUCCAGUAUAUGACUUUGACAGGUACGUCCAUUCCAAUGUUUCAGAUACAGAGGUCAUUCAUGUUCUCUUGUGAGGUCACAUCGACACAUGCUGUGGUCACCAAUGAGUUCUCUCACUCUCCCCUUAUGUUCCUCGUUUAGUUAUAUUAGAGAACUAACCAAAUAGAAUGACUCCUGGAAGAAAACAUUUCCUUAUGCAAGGGAGCACUGCACAAUGACCUCAGCCUCAGCUCUCCAACACUGAGCAGACAGCCUUGUCUUGUCUGGCAUUGUAAUCCCUGCAUCUGUCAAACUCACACGUCACUCUCCUUAUCGGGCAUGAAAUGACUGCUACCGUGGCUGCCCAACCACCGCUGGGCUGAGCCUGAGUCGAGGGCACAGGGAGGGAGAGAGGGAGGAAAUGAACAGUGGUUCUAAUCUGAUGCCCUGGACUGAGAGCCACUCCGUUGUAUUUGUCCCAUUUGGUAUAUUUGACAAGGACUUCAGCUGCAAGGAAGGGGACAAGGAGGAAGAGAAAGGGGGAGGAAAUUGCAGAUGGGCCCAUAUGGAUGAAUGACAGUGUGGCGAGAAGAAUACCUUCUACCCACCUCCACCUCUACCCCCCUCCACCUCCCACCUCCAUGGAUGAUGUGUAAGCCCUCUACAAUGUUUUCCCUUCUCCUGUCCCUCCCCUCUAACCCCCUAAUGCUUUUCUCAAGGUAGAUGUGUUUUUUUUCGUGGAACGUUGCACACCUUAAAAGCACCCAAGCCAGGAGCAUAAAUCGAAAUGGCUUAUGAGAAACCUGACCAGAGGAAAUAACCCUGAAAGACACUACUACUAUUGGGUCGUUUGGCACUGUUAUUUGGGUCCUUCAAUGGAUGGGGGUCAGAUUGGGCAGACAUUCCCCCCUUUUUUUUUUUAUGGGGGUAGAUCAGCUUAAUAUUGCAGAUAGAUUGUAACUUCCAUCAAUGUAAUU